UUUCCUAGCAGGAACCCAUGAGUAAGCUGUGGCGGCGCGGGAGCACCUCUGGGGCUAUGGAGGCCCCUGAGCCAGGGGAGGCGCUGGAGUUGAGUCUGGCGGGUGCCCACGGCCACGGAGUGCACAAGAAAAAGCACAAGAAGCACAAGAAGAAACACAAGAAAAAACACCAUCAGGAAGAGGAAGCUGGGCCCACGCAGCCGUCUCCUGCCAAGCCCCAGCUCAAACUCAAAAUCAAGCUGGGUGGGCAGGUCCUGGGCACCAAGAGUGUUCCUACCUUCACUGUGAUCCCUGAGGGGCCCCGGUCCCCCUCUCCCCUUAUGGUUGUGGACAAUGAAGAGGAACCAAUGGAAGGAGUCCCCCUUGAGCAGUACCGUGCCUGGCUGGAUGAAGAUAGUAAUUUGUCCCCCUCCCCACUUCGAGAUUUGUCGGGGGACUUAGGGGGUCAGGAGGAAGAGGAGGAACAGAGGUGGCUGGAUGCCCUGGAGAAGGGAGAGCUAGAUGACAAUGGGGAUCUCAAGAAGGAGAUCAACGAACGGCUGCUCACUGCUCGACAGCGAGCUAUGCUCCAGAAGGCGCAGAGUCAGUCUUCCCCGAUGCUGCCGCUGCCUGUGGCUGGGGGCUGCCCGGCCCCCGCCCUCACCGAGGAGAUGCUGCUGAAGCGCGAGGAGCGGGCUCGUAAGAGGCGGCUGCAGGCGGCGCGGCGGGCGGAGGAGCACAAGAACCAGACUAUCGAGCGCCUCACCAAGACCUCCUUCCCACCUGGCGUCCCCACCCCCGCACCAGUGUCUCAGCGGCCACCCCCGCCUGGCCCUCCUCCGCGGUGUUCGGUCCCUGGCUGUCCGCACCCGCGCCGCUACGCCUGCUCCCGCACAGGCCAGGCACUCUGCAGCCUGCAGUGCUACCGCAUCAACCUGCAGAUGCGCCUGGGGAGACCCGAAGGCCCCGGGUCCCCCCUUUUGGCUACUUAAGGCCCGUAACCAGGACUCUGUACCCUCUCCCCUGCCCGAUCCAGUGUCUUCCUUAUUAAAUGUUAUCCGGUGCCUCGA